UCAGCAAGCAGAAUACCAUGAUCAUAAUCAUGAUCAGCAAGCAGAAUACCAUUGCGAAAGUGCAUCUUAAUUUUGGCACUGAGAUCACCCUCCAUACUGUGUGGUAGCCUUCGUAAUAUACUCUUGAUAACCUCGCCUGUUCCAGCCUUUCACAGAAUCCUACACCCACACAGCCGACUACGGUCGAUGCCGUCUGAUCUGGGAAGCUGAGCAGGGUAUUUUUAAGCGUUUUGUUUUCAGUUUUUGGUAACAGCAUAAUAAACCAUCCACGCUUCGGCUUGGGCAAUGUCUGCAUUUGAACAAACACCCAAGGCACCGCUCUUCUUGCAAAAUUCCAAAUCCUGAGUUUCUGAUCUGCAGUGGUUCAAAGUUGCCUUAUCAAAGGUGAAUGGACUGUUAUUAACAUCGAUUCUACUGUAGCUGUGGUUUUACGCAAGUAGGAAUGUUUCUAUAUCUUAUUGGCUUGGUUGCACUUUUCGCCCUGUAUCGCUGGUACAGGGAGACAAAAAGAGUUCCAAGCAUAUCUGACAAAUACGUGUUCAUCACUGGUUGCGAUUCCGGCUUUGGAAACCUAUUGGCCAAACGCUUAGAUGAACUAGGCUACCACGUGAUUGCUGCCUGCUUUACAGAGAAGGGUGAAGAUGAUCUGAAAAAAACCUCAUCUAAAAAGCUCACGACAAUUCAUGUUGAUGUGGCAAAGUCUGAAAGCAUUCAGAAAGCUGCUGCGUUUAUAAAGUCCAAAGUUGGAGAAGCAGGUCUGUGGGGUCUUGUCAACAAUGCUGGCGUAUCUGUGCCUGCUGGUCCAUGUGACUGGCUCACAAUACAGGACUACAAACAGAUGCUGGAUGUGAAUUUGAUGGGAGUUAUAGAGGUGACGCUGAGUGUUAUCCCGCUGAUUAAGAAAUCCCAAGGAAGAAUAGUAAAUGUUGCUAGUGUCUUUGGAAGAAUAAGCCCAGUUGGUGGAGCUUACUGUAUUUCUAAAUAUGCUGUUGAGGCCUUUAAUGACAGUCUGAGGAGAAACCUGAGGGAUUUUGGAAUUAAGGUUCUGUGCAUUGAACCUGGAUUUUUCAAAACAACACUUACUAAUACUGAGGUUAUAGAAAAAAACGUUCACAAUCUCUGGGAUAAGUUGCCACAGGAGGUCAGAGAUGAUUACGGAAGUGAUUAUGUGGAAAAAGCGGUAAAAUUAAUGAAGACAACAAUGGCCAAACUGCCUGACCCAGACCUGAUGAAGGUGGUGAGCUGUAUGGAGCACGCUCUCUCAGCUGUCUACCCACGAACACGAUACUCUCCUGGAUGGGAUGCCAAACUCUUCUGGCUCCCUCUUUCUUACAUGCCGACGCUAAUCGCUGAUUACGUGCUUGCCAGGGAUAGUGUUAAACCUGCAAAAGCUGUUGUCUAAUAUCCAAGUCAUGAAUUGUAACCAGAUAUAUACUGUGUUACAACUAAAUGUUUUCUUAUGCAGUUCUGGGAAUGUGGGGAUUUUAGGGACGAGUAACACAAAUGCAGGGAUUGAGGAUGAGCGUACACUGUCAUCCAAACCUGUCACUGUUUCAUACUAUAAUACUGGGAAGAUACAAAUGCUAGGUGACGGUAUAUAACUAUUCUUUAAAUGAUUUUAUAUGCCAUAAAUACUCAAGUGUGAAAUAUAUUUUUAAAGGUGGGAAUACCAUUUGUAACUAGUUUGUACUAUAUAAAAUUACUACUCAAAGAGUAAGUAAUGGGGUUCCGAAAAAUAUAGCGUUACAUGUCCCCACACGUUGCUAAAACUGUUUAAAUAACGUACCUAUAUUUUUUUCUUUUCAUUGUUUGACAUCCUGACAACUUUUUACACUUAGAACUUUAGUCUGUUUCAAAGCUGUUUUUUCAAAAUGUCUGCUCUAGUGCACUGAUAGUGUAAGCAUUAUCGCCCACAUUGUCAAACAGGUAACACAGCAAUAACGAUCUAUGAUGUGGUAUGGAACAGAAAAGCCAGAGCACUACUUUUUUUUUUUUUUUUUUAAAUGCUCUUCCUGCAGUGAUUCAGAGAACAGAUCCUAAACCCCAGUAUGCUAAAAUAGCCAUUUUGAAAAGAUCUUUGAAAUAAACUUAAGUUAUAAGUGUAAAAAGUUGUCAGGAUAUUAAAAUGAAAAUAAAAAUGACAGGUAUGUUAUUUAAACAGUUGUAGUAACAUGGGGACAUGUAACCCCAUUACUUACUCUUUGAUAUCAAUUGUUUUAUAAUCAUUUUCGCUUUAAGAAUAUGGAAAAUACUGUAUAUUAAAUGCACUACAGCAAAACAUUAUGCUGUAUAGAAUACACAGUGGGACAAAUAAAUGUGAAAUUAUAUUAGUGAAGUCUGAUUUCAUGUAUCAUGCUUUGGAUCUAUUUCUUUAAUUCCUUAAUUCCUUGCAACUUAGAUGUUUGAAUAUAUAUUUAGUACUUACAUGAGUCCAUUUAAUGCUAACAUACAUUAACCAUUGCCUUUGGGAAGCAUAACUGGGUCAGGAAAAUGAAUGCCCUCAUGAAACUCAUUCACCAUGUGCCUUAAAGCCUAUGUGAAAGCAUUUGGUACAGGUUUCAAAUGUGUGUAAUUACAACUCCAAAAUAAAACAUUUUCCAAUAUGA